AUGAGUACAGUUCUCACGGCUCGAGCAGCGGCCGCCGCUCGAGCGUUUAGACAAGGGACAACAACCACCGCCUCCUCGUCCUCCCCUUCUAUCGACAACAACAACAACACCGACACAACCACCAAAUUAAACCCCACCAUCACCAAAAUCCCCGACAACGCGCCCCUGAGCGACGACGACCAAUCGCAAGAACGACAACGCCGCUUCUGGUUCCAGCGAAGCAAAGUCCGAUACGAUCCCAACGCGAUCGCGACGCAGCCGUCGGUAUACGACGACCCGGAGACGGCGAAGGAGUACCAGCCACGGCCGGACUGGGAGAAUCUGCACCGGUUCGACCCGUCUGCGCGAUGGACCUGGGGCGAGGAGAAUAGGCUGGUGCGCAAGAUCGAUGUGCGGAUCCUGAUUUUUGCGUGCAUCAUGUUUAUGGCGCUCGAGCUGGAUCGGGCGAAUAUUUCGCAGGCGCUGACGGAUAAUUUUCUGACGGAUUUGAAGAUGAAUACUAAUGAUUACAACAUGGGCAACACCGUCUUCAAACUCGCCUUCCUUUGCGCAGAGCUCCCCUCGCAGCUGAUUAGCAAAUGGGUCGGUCCAGACCGAUGGAUCCCCGCGCAGAUGGUGCUCUGGUCGAUCGUGGCCUCGUGCCAGUUCUGGCUAUCGGGACGGUCGUCGUUUCUGACGUGUCGGGCGUUGCUGGGGAUUUUGCAGGGGGGAUUCAUUCCGGAUGUCAUUCUAUACCUCUCUUACUUCUACAAACACCAUGAGCUCUCUAUCCGCCUGAGCUUUUUCUGGACCGCCAUGUCCAUUGCGGAUAUCCUGGCCAGCUUCCUUGCUUUUGGCCUGUUGCAUAUGCGAGGCGUGAACGGCAAGGCUGGCUGGCGGUGGCUGUUUAUGAUUGAGGGCCUGCUGACCCUCGUGAUCGGAAUCCUGGCCUUCGGUCUGAUGCCCGCUGCGCCGACCAGAACAGCCAGCUGGUUUAGAGGAAAGAAUGGGUGGUUCACGGAGCGCGAGGAAAUCAUCAUGGUCAACCGCGUCAUCCGCGAAGACCCCAGCAAAGGGACAAUGCACAACCGACAGGCGAUCACACCCAAACUUCUCUGGCAGAGCCUGAAGGACUACGACCUCUGGCCGCUGUACCUCAUCGGGCUGACGUUCGAGACGCCAAUGACAACUCCCACCCAGUACCUGACGCUGUCGCUGAAGGGGCUGGGCUUCAACACGUUCCAGACGAACCUGCUGACGAUCCCCAACACGGCCCUGCACAUCGUGCUGAUGAUCGCGCUGACGUAUGCGUCCGAGAUUGUGGGCGAGUUGACGCUGAUCUCCAUGCUGGGCCAGGUCUGGGCGUUGCCGUUCCUGGUCUUCCUGUAUGUGGUGGACAUUAACAGCGUCAAUAAAUGGGUGGCCUGGGUUGUGAUGACUUUGUUGCUGGCUUAUCCCAGUGCACACCCGAUCCAAGUCGGCUGGAACUCGCGCAACUCGAACACAGUCCGCUCACGCACUGUCUCCGCAGCAGCAUACAACAUACGACGCCCCCCGCUACCGCCGCGGCAACCGCGUCCUCGUGGCUCUCGUCUCAACCAACAUCGUAAUCUACCUCCUGACCAAAGUCUACUAUGUCUGGCGCAACCACACGCGGGACAAGAAGUGGAACGCGAUGACGGAGGGGGAGAAGCUGCGGUAUCUGGCGACGACGACCGACCAGGGGAACAAGAGGUUGGAUUUUCGGUUUGCGCAUUGAUGCAGUAUAUAUCCAGAGGGGAAAAGAGGAAUGAGAAGAGUGGCAGGGUAGAUUUAGAAUUAGAGAAGGGAGAGAUGCCGUUUUUACUACCAUACGUAUAG